CUGGAUGCACAGAAAUGGUGGGGCGAGCAGUACCGUGAUCUGUUAGACUGGGGAGUGGACUUCGUGUGGCAAGACAUGACCACUCCAGCCAUGAAAGCGAGUGUUCAUCAGCCUGACUGUCCCCUGCUGUCGUUUCCUAUGGAUAUAAUGAUCAGUGACACCGAGAAAACCAGGUAUUCCAAAGUAAGCACUCACCAUGCCAAGAAACCAUUUGCUAAGCUUCGCUCUUUGUACAAUUACAAUCUCUGCAAAGCCACUUACCGAGGUCUGGAGCAUCUUCGACCAACCAAACGCCACUUCAUUAUCACGCGGGGCGGUUUCGUUGGAGUUCAUCGUUAUGCUGGACUGUGGACAGGGGACAGUACGUCAAGCUGGGAAUUCGUUCAGAUGAACAUCCCAUUAGUCCUCGGCAUCGGUCUUUCUGCCCAACCUGUGUCAGGCUGUGACAUUGGCGGCUUCUGUGCAGCAUGGCAAGGCCAGAUUGUAGAUCCCGAGUUAAUGGCCCGCUGGACCAUAAUGGGAGCGUUUCUUCCGUGGUUCCGAAACCACUAUGAUAACUAUUACAAGCCAUACCAAGAGCCGUACCGCUAUGAAGAACCAGUCCCCACAAUCUGCCGAAAGUACAUUGAGUUGAGGUACAAACUUAUUCAGUACAUCUACGAUGCCAUGUAUGAGAACACGCAGACAGGUAAACCCAUCUGCAGGCCCCUGUUCAUGGAUGAGUACAAACCGGGAGAAUUCUAUAAUGAUGCACGCGCAGAUGACCAGCACAGCAGGGGGUAUAACGGUUUCACGGCCAACCGCUUGGAUGAUCAGUUCUUUUUGGGUAGAGACAUAAUGGUGGCAGCCAUUGUCAAUCCAGGUCAAGCGAACCGCGCCGUGUACCUCCCCGCUGGAAGUCAGUGGUACCGUUUUACAGAUGACAAGUGUCCUUUGGAGAAUCCGGUCAAUGGUGGGGUGGAGUUCGAUUUCUACGCCCCUUGGGAUGACCCUAGUAAAGACAACUGUGCCGUUUACGUUCGGGAAGGCGCCAUUAUACCCAAGCGCGAGGUGGAACAGUAUAUUGGUGAGCUGUAUCGUCACGGUAAGAUGAAUCCCAUCACCCUUAGUAUUUAUCCCGGCCGAGACAGCAGCUACAGGUUGUAUCUGGACGAUGACGGUGUGAGUAACAAGGCAGAGACCGCUGGCGAGUACAGACUGACUGAAAUUAGUAAUGAAGGAAUUCCCGGAGGUCAGCGGAUACGUAUCAAGCGUCUCCACGACAAAUUCAAACCACGUGAGACGUUCUACUACCUUGAUUUGCCGGGAACGAUCUGCCCAACUUCCGUUACGGCUGAUAGUCAAGUCUUGCAAGAAAUAACCAGAAACACAGAUGAAGAAGCUGCAAAAGCCUUGGAGAACUCCAGAGAUGCACCAGGGGCAUUUUACUACAACAAAUUUCUGAAGACAACAUUUAUCAAGAUUUAUGACAUAUUAAGUGACGUAACCGUGGAAGUAAUGUUCUGA